AUGGAAAAGCUUAUUCUGGCUGUCGGCUUCUUCCUUUUCAACUUAGGCUUAUUUGGGGUCGAGGGCGCAGAUGAUCUGGGCUUGGGAGCUUCCUUCAUUUUCGGUGAUUCUUUGGUGGAUUGCGGGAAUAACAACUACUUGCCGACUCUAUCCAGGGCUAAUAUCCAACCCAAUGGAAUUGACUUCAAGGCCUCCGGCGGGAACCCCACUGGCCGGGGAGGAACUGGGCCAGCCACAUUAUGCAGUUCCAUUUCUGGCUCCAAAUUCCACCGAAAAGCUAUCUUAUACGGAGUGAACUAUGCCUCCGGCGGUGGCGGAAUUCUGAAUGCCACUGGAAGAAUUUUUGUUAAUAGGCUUUCAUUGGAUAUCCAGGUUGAUUAUUUUAAUAUUACAAGGAAACAAUUCGACAAAUUGCUGGGGGCAAAGCAGGCAAGAGACUAUCUGAUGAAGAAAUCCAUUUUCUCAAUCACAAUCGGGUCGAACGAUUUUCUCAACAACUAUCUCCUUCCAGUCCUCUCCAUGGGAGCAAGGAUUUCCCAGACCCCAGAGGCUUUCAUCGACGAUCUUCUUAACCACUUCAGAGACCAACUUACGAGGCUUUAUAAACUAGAUGCGAGGAAGUUUGUAGUGGGAAAUGUUGGACCCAUUGGGUGCAUUCCCUAUCAGAAAACAAUCAACCGGUUGAAAGAAGACGAGUGCGUGGAGUUGCCAAACAAACUGGCCCUCCAGUACAACGCCAGGUUGAAAGAUUUGUUAGCAGAGCUGAACGAUAAUCUCCCCGUGCCACCUUUGUCCACGCAAAUGUGUACGCCCUGGUCCUGGAAGUCAUCACUAACUAUGAGAAAUAUGGUGAGCAUCUCUGAGUUAAGGCAUGGAUUCCUGAGCUAUUUGGUUACAGUUUUUAUGUUUCAAAGCUUGUUGUUCAGAGCCUUGCUUGGAUUUACGACAGCGAGUAUAGCUUGCUGCGGUAAUGGGGGCCAAUUUGCCGGAAUCAUACCAUGCGGACCCACGUCGAGCAUCUGUUCGGACCGUGACAAGCACGUGUUCUGGGACCCCUACCACCCAAGCGAGGCUGCCAAUAUCAUCAUCGCUAAGCAGCUGCUCCAUGGGGACCCCAAGUACGUCUCUCCGAUGAAUCUCCGGCAACUCCGAGAUCUCUGA